UGGAGGCCAUAUAUAGCAGAGCAGCAGCAGCUCUGUAGUUCAUCAGGUGUUCUCCUUCCACACGUACAGCCAUGCCUCGUCUCGUCUCGCUCCUGCUGCUGCUCCUGCUGCUGCUGUGCAGAGACAGCUCAGCUGUUCACAAUGACGCCACUGAGUCAGUGAACUCUCAGACGCGACACGUCAGCAACGACGGUCUGGCCGCAGAGGAAACGAACCAGGCGAGGAGUGGUGGGAGACGGCAGACUGACGCUGUGCAUGGUGGUGCAGCCCAGAGCCAAGUGGGCUGCAGGGAGCUGAGGUCCACAAAGUACAUCUCUGAUGGACAGUGCACCAGCAUUAACCCCAUCAAGGAGCUGUUGUGUGCUGGGGAGUGCCUGCCAGCCCACCUGCUGCCCAACUGGAUUGGGAGUGGGGGUUACACUGGGAGGUACUGGAACCGCCGCGACACCCAGGAGUGGCGCUGCAUCAUUGACCGGACCAGGUCCCAGCGGAUCCAGCUUCAGUGCCAGGAUGGAAGCUCCCGAACCUACAAGAUAACCGUUGUGACCUCCUGCAAGUGCAAGCGCUACUCCAGACAGCAGAACAACUCAGGACACAAGGACACAUCUUUCAACAGUGGUAAACAGAGGAAAAGUCUGAGGAAGGCUGGACACCAUGAAGAGAGAGUCGAGAGGCAGUCUGAUGACUGAAUUAAGCCCAUCCAACAGUUACGAUGGGCUGGUUCAAACAGAAUCAUGUUGCACCUCAACAGAACAUAGUCACUGCACACUACUGUUGUUCGUCAAGAAAUAGUUCCAUUAUAUAAUUUCCGCCUAAUGUAGUUUCUGUGCAGAUUAAUUAAACAAGAUACAACAUGUCACUUGGUAAAUUUUACAAGUUCUUCACUUCAUGUUUUCAUGCAAAGCUAAGAAAAUAACAUCCUGACUUAAAAUGUUGAACCAACAGUUAACCAGUGAUUCAAUUUAACAGAAUAUUUUAUAAAAGAGAAUACCUGGACCUGAGCACCUCAAAACAUUAACACUGGUCCUUCUAAUGGAGCAAAAUAUUCACCUGACGCGUUGACGGGAUAGCUAAUUAGCGCUAAGAUCCCACCUAUGCCACUGUCGUCGGAUGUCCUUGUAUCAGAGAUGUAGAAGAACAAUUGUCGCUGUCUUUGUGCACCCCAACAAGAGUUGCCUUUUAUACCGUGACCAGGUGAAGGAGAGAGCUUGGCAGAAUGUAAUGGAGGAAAUUGGACACUGGUUUUUAGCACCAGUUAGCACAACCGCUUUGUGUGGCUUUCCCACCGGCAUUCCUGUCUGCCUUUUUUCAUACAACAAGUUAUAAAGUUAAAUACAAGUUCAUGUUUACGCAUGUUUGUGUGUGUGUCUGUGUGUGUGUUUGGUCAGAGAGUGGAAGGAAGAACGGGGAAAUAUUCACAUUAUUCACGAAUAAGCAUAAAUGUUCUAGCAACCAAACUCAGAUACUCGUGCGACUAAACGGUGUGAAGGCACCAUAUCAAAAGCAUCUCUGAUGAGUGGUCACCAACCUGUCGAUCCCAAUCGACUGGUCGAUCUUUGAGAUUUUCCCUGUAGUUACAAUAACACGAAGAAUAAAUAUACAGUAUUGCUGGAACAAGAGGCCAGAGGGCCAGUUAUACUGUUCUGCUUUUAUUAAGUCCAACUGGGACAAUUAGAACUGCAGAGGAGCGCUCACAAAACAGCAGCAGAAUAAUAAACUCUGCUCAAAUCCCUCCUCGAUAAAUGGUCGUCUAACUCCGAUAAAUCACCCACUCAGGCUACCACUCCAUGCACUUGAAAAUAGUAGAUAACCACAAGUUGUUUAUUGACUCUCCCAACCUUAUAGUUUUUAAAUAGAGCUGUCGCUGACUCUACGUAUUUGUGUUUUGUUAUCAUUUCACGUUUUUCAAAUACAGUUUGCCUAAAUAAAAGUCAAGUUAGAUGAUUUAUGCUCUUUUUCUCUCAAUGAUAUGAUAGGUAGCUCUUGACCUUUACCAGGGCCGAGGUCAGGGAGCUUGGGCAUUAAUAGGUUGGUGACCACUGUCUUAGAUAAACGUGCAUGUGUACAAGUCUGACAUUGGUAGACAUUAGAAUGCAUACUGUAAAUACAGACCAACCUGGCAUUACAGUAUCUGCAUUUAUAAUUAUCAGGCUUUUGUUUCAUAAUUCUGUCGUCACUACAAGUUGCUACUGAUUUUAAUGAGUUCACAUUAAAGUGCAAAAAAAAAAUGAAAUAUGUUUGAAAGUGAACAAAUUACAAAUACAUUCUGUUUCAACAAUUUUGCAACUUUAACAUUAACAAAAUGUCCCCAUGUCAAUGAAAAUAUAAUUAUUUCCUAUAAAACAUAUACUCUUCCAAAUGAUUUGUAUACAAACAUUAUUUCUGCUGUCAGAACAAUUAUUUGUAUUUGGAUCAUAUCUAGUUUUCCAGUUAGCUGCCUUUCUAUGUAAUGCUCUUCAUUUUGUGCCCUACCUAACUAAAAUACCAUCCACUCUUGCAGUCAGAUAUGUACAACAAGCCACUUUGACUGUGCUUCUCCUGUGCUUCGGAUAUAAGGUUUGGUAUAUUUUAGAAAGGAGUGGCCUUUAUAUAAUUCAAAGGCUCAACAGAACACAUGUAAAUCAUAAUAUUACCAGGAUUAUUUCAAGUUUCAGAUGUGAAGUUAGAUUUAUGUAAUAAAGAGUAAUGCUUAGAUCGCCUGUAGUGUCACUCUAUAGGUGGGUAAGGUUUUAUGGGUAUUUUAUAUGAAUGGUAUGUAAUUUAUUUUUGUACCACAACAGUUGAAGUUUUUAUUAUAUUUUCUUUGUGCAAUAAAUAGUCGCUGAAAAUUGUUUACAACAAGGCUGUGUUUCUGACAUAAUGCUGCAGGUAUACGAGACAGGCUCACUGCAAACACAAACUCCCUUAACAACAGAGGCCUCAGUUGGUGAUCAAACUCUUUUCAAAAUACACCACACUUUGGUUUACUGUGAAGGGGAUAUCUUUUCCUCCA